AUGGAUGAGGUAUACAAUGGGUGUGGGUACACCGGCUCAUUCCAUGGUGUAUACUUCAGGUCAGGAAUGCUGCUAGUCGACUGUAAGGACGAAAAUACGACCACUUGGCUUGCGGAGAUCGCUCCAAAGCUGAACGGAUGGAAAGGUCCGGUCCUAUGCGCGAGGAGGGGCGAAGACAUACCGUCUAUGCACAGCAUGACGGUGUUUCUUCCCAGGAGCGCAGGAAAACCCUACCAGUUUGCUAUUGGUCUCAUACGAAACCAAAACGAUGGACUUAGUACAUCGGCUUGGAGGGUAGUAGACAGCAGUAUUGAGGACGCCGGAUGGAGGCUCAACAUCACCAUCGAUGAUGAGUCCUACAAAUUGAUCCGAAAGGAGGGGUUCAGGCUGAAUUUUAGAUUCAGCAGUGUGGUAAUGAGGCCAUGGAGGCCUAAAACCACACCGGCGGAAGGAACGGCGGAGGAAGCAAUGCUGUUGGAUGAGACGCCCACUCAGUCCGUUACCGGCACACUCGAGCAGGCUACUGCUACGAUGGUGCAUGGUGCUACAGCAGUCGCGGAAGGAGCAGUAACCAUGGGUACAAAAGAGUGUGAAGGGGAGCUACCCUCCACACAAGAGCUCUUAGAGGGGCUGAAGGGGCAGGUACAGCAGGGGAGUAACGAGGACAGCGACGACGAUCUGUCCCUCCUGGAACCAAUCCUGUGA